AUGAAGCCCCCAGGCCCUGCCCGUGCUUGUGGCAUCGUGCUGGUCCUGCUCUCGCUGCUGGCUGUCCUCCAGACCACCAGUGCCCAAAAGAAUGCCAUCGACAUCUACAGCCUCACUGUGGACUCCAGGGUCUCCUCUCGGUUUGCCCACACGGUCAUCACCAGCAGGGUGGUCAACAGAGCGGAUUCCAUGCAGGAGGCCACCUUCCAGAUAGAGCUGCCCAAGAAAGCCUUCAUCACCAACUUCUCCAUGAUCAUCGACGGUGUGAUGUACCCAGGGAACAUCAAGCAGAAGGAUGCAGCCCAGAAGCAGUACAGUGCAGCUGUGGCCAGGGGGGAGAGCGCUGGCCUCGUCAAGGCCACUGGGAGAAAGAUGGAGCAGUUCCAGGUGUCGGUCAGUGUAGCCCCUGCUGCCAAGGUCACCUUCGAGCUGGUGUACGAGGAGUUGCUCAAGCGGCGCCUGGGAGUGUAUGAGCUGCUGCUGAAGGUGCAGCCCCAGCAGCUGGUCAAGCACCUGCAGAUGGACAUUCACAUCUUUGAGCCUCAGGGCAUCAGCUUUCUGGAGACAGAGAGCACCUUCAUGACCAAUGAGCUUGCAGACGCCCUCACCGUCUCACAGAACCAGACCAAGGCUCACAUCCGAUUCAAGCCGACGCUCUCCCAACAACAGAAGUCUGCAGAGCAACAGGACACGGUUGUGGAUGGCGACUUCAUCAUCCGCUAUGAUGUGAACCGCACCCUCUCUGGAGGCUCCAUUCAGAUCGAGAAUGGCUACUUUGUGCACUACUUUGCCCCCGAGGGCCUCUCCACGAUACCCAAGAAUGUGAUCUUCGUCAUCGACACGAGUGGCUCCAUGAGGGGCAGGAAAAUCCAGCAGACUCGGGAAGCCCUCAUCAAGAUCCUAGAGGACCUCAGGCCGGAAGACCACUUCAACCUCAUUAGCUUCAGCAGUGAAGCAACCAAGUGGAAGCCAUCGCUGGUGCCAGCUUCGACCCAGAAUGUGGAGGAGGCCAAGAAAUAUGCUAACAGCAUCCAGGCCCAGGGAGGAACCAAUAUCAACGAUGCAAUGAUGUUGGCUGUGCUGCUGAUGGACAUAGCCACCCGGGAGGAGCAGCUGCCCCCAGGGAGCGUCUCCCUCCUCCUCCUCCUCACUGAUGGCGACCCCACUGUGGGCGAGACCAACCCCAGGAAGAUCCAGAAGAAUGUGCAGGAGGCCGUACGCGGUCAGUACAGCCUCUUCUGCCUGGGCUUUGGCUUCGACGUCAGCUACGCCUUCCUGGAGAAGCUGGCGCUGGACAACGGCGGCCUGGCUAGGCGCAUCUACGAGGACUCGGACUCCGCCCUGCAGCUGCAGGACUUCUACCAGGAGGUGGCCAACCCCCUGCUGACCACAGUGACCUUCGAGUACCCAGGCAAUGCCGUGGAGGAGGUCACGCAGGACAACUUCCCGCUGUUCUUCAAGGGCUCCGAGAUGGUAGUGGCCGGGAAGCUCCGGGCCCAGAGCCCUGAUGUGCUCUCAGCCACGGUCAGCGGGCAGCUGACCACGGAGAACAUCACCUUCCAAAUGGAGUUCCAGGUGGCAAAGCAGGAAGAGGAGUUUCAAAAGCCCAAGUACAUCUUCCACGGCUUCAUGGAGAGACUCUGGGCAUACCUGACCAUCCACCAACUGCUGGAGCGAAUGGUUUCCGCAUCCGAUGCUGAUAAGCAGGCCCUGGAGACCCAAGCUCUGGGCUUGUCGCUCAACUAUAGCUUUGUCACCCCCCUCACGUCCAUGGUGGUCACCAAACCUGAAGGCCAAGAACAGUCUCAAGUUGCUGAGAAGCCCGUGGAAAAUGGAAAGGUUGCCUCAGGUAAGGGCCUAAUACCGUCAAAGGCUGCCGUUGAUGACAGGUGGCUGAUUCAGGACCUCAGACCCCAGUCCCACAAAGUUGCUGGCCAGGGCGUCUCCAGCCCAGCCUGCUGCCAGGAGGGGCAUUGUCUGCCCAAGCACGUUGGUGCAUUUAGUCACCUGUUCGUUCAGAUAUUGGCUGUCCUGGGCUCUAGGGGCACAUUCCCCAUCCAGUUGGAUGCACACCCAGGUCUCUCUGAUUUCCAGACCCAGCCCAACACCAGGCUGGACCCUGUCUCCUCAGUUUUUCCUAAAACAUCUUCCUCCUCCUCUGGUCCCACUAUGGGGGUUGAUCACCUGGAUGAAACAAUGGAAGAUGUUCUACCUGCCCCAAGAACCGCAUCUGCUGCCCCAGCCCCCAUCCAGGCUCCGACCUUCAUCCUGCCUCUGCCUGGGCAGAGCGUGGACCAGCUCUGUGUGGACAUCAAGAGCACCCGUGGGCCAUUAUUACUCCUGCUCUCAGACCCUGACCAAGGUCUCGAGAUGAUUGGCGAGUAUGACAUGGAGAAGGCCCAGUUCUCAUGGAUCGAGGUGACUUUCAAGAAUCCCCAGCUGCUGGUCCACGUGUCCCCUGAGCACGUGGUAGUGACUAGGGACCGAAGAAGCUCUCAGUACAAAUGGAAGGAGACGCUGUUCGUGGUGAUGCCUGGCCUCAAGAUGACCAUGGACAAGGCGGGGCUCCUGCUGCUCAGCAGCCCAGACAAAGUGACCAUCGGCCUGCUGUCCUGGGACGGCCCUGGGCAGGGGCUUCGGCUGCUCCUGCGGGACACUGACCGCUUCUCCAGCCACGUCGACGGCCUCCUUGGCCGCUUUUACCAGGGCAUUGCCUGGGGGCCCCCAGAUGCAACAGAUGACAGCAAGCGAACACUGAGGACUCGGGGGUUUGAGUUCAAUGCCACCAGAAAGCUCCAACUGGAUUACCAAGAGGGGACCCUGGAAACAGAGAUUUCCUGCUGGUCUAUCGAGCUCUGAUUCUGAUGGC